AGAAGCCCGCCUCCUGGUGAAAGUCCUUGCUGGAUUCCUGCGGGGUAGUCUUAUACGCUGUAAUCAAGACCAACCCAUAAGCCCCUGCAAUUGAUUGGAGCGGCUUCUAAAAUGGGGCGGCUUCAGGGGAAGGUAAUACUACUCUCUGCUGCAGCCCAAGGAAUUGGCCAAGCUGUGGCUAAAGCUUUUGCAAAAGAAGGAGCUCAAGUUAUUGCUACAGAUAUCAAUGAGUCCAAACUUCGAGAACUGGAAAGUUAUCCAGGCAUUCAGAUCCAGGUGCUCGAUGUCACCAAGAAAGAGCAAAUUGAAAAGCUGGCCAAGGAGCUGAAGAGAAUCGAUGUUUUGUGCAAUAUUGCAGGUUUUGUUCAUCAUGGGACUAUUUUGGACUGUGAGGAAGAAGACUGGGCCUACACAAUGGAAGUCAAUGUUCGUAGCAUGUAUCUCAUGAUCAAAACAUUCUUGCCUAAGAUGCUUGAGCAGAAAUCCGGUAACAUUAUCAACAUGUCUUCUGUGGCAUCCAGUAUCAAAGGGAUUCCCAACAGAUGUGUCUAUAGUACUUCAAAAGCAGCAGUUAUUGGUCUCACCAAGUCUGUAGCUACUGACUUCAUUGAAAAAGGAAUCAGAUGCAACUGUGUUUGUCCUGGCACCGUUGACACUCCUUCUCUGAGGGAAAGAAUCCAAGCAAGACCUAAUCCAGAACAGGCACUAAAAGAUUUUCUCGCCAGGCAGAAGAUGGGCAGAUUGGCUACCGCUGAGGAAAUUGCCCACCUCUUUGUAUAUCUGGCUUCUGAUGAAUCAGCAUACAUGACUGGCAAUGAAUGCAUCAUUGAUGGUGGAUGGAGUAUGUGACCAGCUUCUGCAGACAUUCUACCUGCAAAUUAGUGUUCUCAGUAUUCCAGAAGAUAAAAAGGACAAGCUAUAUGCACAUCUAACAAUCAUGUCAAAUUAAUUACUAUAAUAAAAAUUCAUACAAUUUGUUAAGUA